GUUAUCAGAGAUGGUGAUUUGAAGAAUAAGGUUUCCGAUAUGAACAAAGUAAAAUUAUCAUCUGAAAAAAGCGUUUCUACCAAUUCUCGGACUAUGUCUCUGCUGUCACAGCUGGAGAAGAUCAAUUUGGACUCUGUAUUAGGAGAAGCAGAUAAUGCCAGAUAUGUUACCUCAAAGAUUCUUCAUCUGGUUCAGAGUCAGGAAAAAACCAGGAAGGAGAUGACAUCUAAGGGUUCCACUGGAAUAGAAGUUAUCCUGUCAACCCUAGAGAAUACAAGAGAUCCUCAAACUAUUCUAAAUAUACUAAACAUUCUCAUUGAAUUAGUUUCAAUUGGUGGUGGUCGGAGAGCAAGUGUCUUGGUCACUAAAGGAGGGACACAGAUCUUGUUGCAGCUGCUUUUGAAUGCCAACAGAGAGUCUCCCCCAAAUGAAGAAUUAAUGGUGCUUCUUCAUACACUUCUUGCAAAAAUUGGUCCAAAAGACAAAAAGAUUGGCAUGAAGGCAAGAAUUAAUGGUGCCCUGAACAUAUCAUUGAAUUUAGUGAAGCAUAAUUUACAGAACCACAGGCUAAUUUUACCAUGCCUUCAAGUAUUACGAGUUUAUUCAACCAACUCUGUAAAUGCAGUGUCCUUGGGAAAGAAUGGAGUAGUAGAACUGAUGUUUAAGAUCAUUGGGCCUUUUAGUAAAAAGAACACUAGCCUUAUGAAGGUUGCUUUAGACACACUUGCUGCAUUGCUAAAAUCAAAAACAAAUGCCAGGAGAGCAGUAGACAGAGGAUAUGUGCAUGUGCUUUUAACAAUUUACGUUGAUUGGCACCGUCAUGAUAGUCGACACAGAUACAUGCUGAUACGUAAAGGAGUUUUACAGUGUAUUAAAAGUGUUACGAACAUCAAAUUGGGAAGAAAAGCAUUCAUUGAUGCGAAUGGAAUGAAAAUCCUUUACAACACUUCACAAGAGUGCCUUGCAGUAAGAACUCUUGAUCCCCUUGUCAACACAUCCAGCCUAAUAAUGAGAAAAUGCUUUCCUAAAAAUCGUCUUCCUUUACCAACUAUUAAAAGUGCUUUUCAUUUCCAACUCCCAGUUAUUCCAGCCAGUGGUCCUGUGGCUCAACUGUACAAUUUGCCUCCUGAUGUGGAUGAUGUCGUAGAUGAAAGUGAUGACAAUGAUGAUGCUGAAACAGAAUCAGAAAUUGAAACUGAAGUUGAGGAUGACAAGGACCAACAUUUUAAGAAUGAUGAUAUUGAGACUGAUAUUAAUAAACUGAAGCCUAGACAGGAACUGGGACGACCUUUAGAAGAAUUGAAAAUGUAUGAGAAAUUUUUCCCAGAACUUUCAGAAAACUUUCAGGAAUGUGACCUAGUCUCCAAGGAACCAAAGCCUUUUGUACCUGAUGCAAAUCUGGGUGGACCUAUUGUUGUUCCUACAGCAGGAGAGGAGGUCUCUGCUGAAGCAAACCUCUCAGUUAAAGGAAUUUCUUUGAAGGAGAGUAAUUCUUUAUUGACAGAAGAAUGCAAUAGGAGGCCAGCCUUUUUGGAACUACCAAAGAAAGAUGGUAUCAAAGACAGUAGUUUACUUCAGCAAAAUGAUCAAAGGAAGCUGCUUCCAUCAUGCCAGUGUCUCAGCCAAGAAAUUGUCAAAGGCUUGGACAGAAUCAGCUUGCAGAACAGUACAAAAAGUGAUCAGUAUUAUGCAGGGUGUGUAAUAAAGAAGGAAAACAAAGCUAGCCUUACCCCACUUGCAUGUAGUAAAACUUGUGAACAUGUUUCACCUUGUGGAGGUAGUCUUUUUGAAGGGUCAUCUGUCCACCUGGGAAAACUCUGUUGCACUGGAGUGGAUUCGGAGGAGGAGGAUUCCAGAUCUAGUUCAUCAGGGGAACAAGUGGUGCUUGAAGUUUCUGAUGUAUCGCCAGUUCACGACUGUGAUCUCUAUAUUGAAAUGGUGAAAAACACAAAAUCUAUUCCUGAAUAUUCAGAAGUGGCCUAUCCAGAUUAUUUUGGCCAUAUUCCACCUCCAUUUAAAGAGCCUAUUCUGGAAAGGCCUUAUGGAGUGCAGAGGACAAAAAUCUCACAAGAUAUUGAAAGACUAAUUCAUCAAAAUGACAUUAUAGACAGAGUUGUAUAUGAUCUUGAUAAUUCCAGUUGGUCAGUGCCAGAGGAAGCAGAUGUUUUGAAGUUUAAUUCCAAGUUCGAAUCUGGAAACCUACGCAAAGUUAUUCAAAUCAGAAAAAACGAGUACGAUCUAAUUCUGAACUCAGAUAUAAAUAGCAAUCAUUAUCAUCAAUGGUUUUACUUUGAAGUCAGUGGAAUGAAAACAGGCAUUGGUUACCGGUUUAACAUCAUCAACUGUGAAAAGUCAAACAGUCAGUUUAACUACGGCAUGCAGCCCCUUAUGUAUUCUGUUCAGGAAGCAUUAAAUUCUCGACCAUCAUGGACUCGUGUUGGGACAGAUAUUUGUUACUAUAAGAAUCAUUUUUCAAGAAGUUCGAUUGCUGCUGGGGGUCAGAAAGGAAAAUCUUACUACACGAUUACAUUCACAGUGACUUUUCAACAUAAAGAUGAUGUCUGCUACUUUGCUUACCAUUAUCCAUAUACAUACUCAACUUUAAAGAUGCAUCUUCAGAAGUUGGAAUCUAUGCACAACCCUCAACAGAUAUAUUUUCGACAAGAUGUUCUCUGUGAGACCCUGGCUGGCAACAGUUGUCCCUUAGUCACUAUUACAGCCAUGCCAGAGUCAAAUUACUAUGAACAUAUCUGUCAGUUUAGGAAUCGUCCUUAUAUUUUUCUAUCUGCUCGUGUACAUCCUGGAGAGACUAAUGCAAGCUGGGUUAUGAAGGGAACACUGGAAUAUCUUAUGAGCAAUAACCCAAAUGCCCAAAGUUUACGAGAAUCUUAUAUUUUCAAAAUUAUUCCCAUGCUCAAUCCGGAUGGUGUCAUCAAUGGAAACCACCGUUGCUCUUUAAGUGGAGAAGACUUAAACAGACAGUGGCAAAAUCCAAAUCCAGAUCUUCAUCCCACCAUUUACCAUGCUAAAGGCUUACUGCAAUAUUUGGCUGCUAUUAAACGUUUACCACUGGUUUACUGCGAUUAUCAUGGCCACUCACGUAAAAAGAAUGUAUUUAUGUAUGGCUGCAGCAUCAAAGAGACAAUGUGGCACACAAAUGUUAAUGCUGCCUCUUGUGACCUAAUGGAAGACCCUGGUUAUAGGACACUCCCUAAGAUCCUGAGUCAAACUGCACCAGCAUUCUGUAUGGGCAGCUGCAGCUUUGUAGUGGAAAAGUCCAAGGAGUCAACAGCACGAGUUGUUGUUUGGAGAGAGAUUGGAGUACAGAGGAGCUACACCAUGGAAAGCACAUUAUGUGGAUGUGACCAGGGUAAAUACAAGGGAUUGCAGAUAGGGACAAGAGAACUGGAGGAGAUGGGAGCCAAGUUCUGUGUUGGCUUACUGCGUUUAAAAAGAAUGGCGUCACCUUUGGAAUACAACCUACCUUCUAGUCUGCUGGAUAUUGAAAAUGAGUUGAUUGAGUCAAGCUGUAAAGUGACAAGCCCUACUACGUAUGUUUUGGAUGAAGAUGAGCCUCGCUUCCUUGAAGAAGUUGACUACAGUGCAGAGAGUAAUGAUGAUCAAGACACUGAAUUAGCUGAGAACGCGGGUGAUUACGAGGCCACUAAUCAAGAAGAUGGACUCUCAGACUCAGACUCAACAAGGAUACUCCUUUCCUGAACCGUCUUUGCAGCCAGUAAUAAGAAGAAUCCUGGUUUUUAUAGUCAUACACCUCCUCACUCUCACCUACUAAGGGGAUAAGCUUAAGGAGCCACAGAUAACUGGUUCCUCUUCAAGCUCAAGGACAAUAAAUAUUUUUGAUUUCUCAUAAAUUAGCAUUUGUUUUAUUUAAAAAAAAAUGUGUUUUCUCUUAGCACGAACUAGAUAAAUUUAUUUACUGUUUAGUUUAUUUUCUACUAAAUAGUAUUGCAUGGUGUUUUGUGUCCUUAAAGCCUAUCAUCAAAAAAUGGAUUAUAAUUUGUGGUGUGUCAGAGUACAGAAACUAAUUCUGUGUGGUACAAUUCUUUGAGUUGCUUUCUGAAAAAUAACUUAUGUACAGAUUUUUUUAAAUUAUGUGUGUGUGUAUAUGCGUGUGUGUACACUGAGGUGAAGAGGUUAUUUUUCAACAUUAUGUUAAGGAUUUGAUUGUGUUUGCAAUAAUGUAGUGCCUGCUCUGAAACCAUUCAAUAAUUACUAAAUUAAAAAUUAAAGAGUGAUGUAUGAAUUGUUGCACUGUUUCUUGCUUCUGAGGAUUAUGUGGUUUUACCACAGUACUAGCUGAAAAUACAAUGUCUGUUCACAGUUCAGGAGUUUUGCACUGCAACCAAUGCAGCCUGUGUUUACAAGAACUAUAUGCUUGUUAGAAGUCACUCCCAUAAAACAACUAUGGUUUAAUAUGAAAAGUUUUUUUUCUCAAGUUACAUGACUACAAGAAAUGGUUAAACAUGUACAUUGUGUGUAUAUAUUUUAGUUACCCAGUUGCUCAGUUUUUCUUGUUCAAUAUGCACAUAGUUUAAGAGUUCACUGUACUGGGUGCACAUUAGCUGCUGAUCUCCGUUUAAAUGCUUAAAGAAGGAAGGUCCAUUUUUGUUGAAACAUAUUUUGGCUGGUUUCAACCCAGUGUUAACCCUGCUUUGAGGAGAAGAUUGGUCUAGGUAACCUCCUGAGGUCCUUUCUAGCCCAAAUAAUUAUGCUGUGAUGCUGUCUUUGUUUUUCAAGCUGUCAGGCAUGGGAUUUAAACUUCCUUGUCUUCUGUCAUCUGCCAGUUUCUAUUGCCUCUUGUCUCUGCUUAGUAUGAGAUUGAAUGCACAAAUGAAGUUGCACUCUGUUGUUUACAAGAACUGACAUGUUUUGCAAUGAAAAAUACUUUUCCAAAAUGAUUUUUACUUGAUGUGACCCCAUUGUGGCAUUCAUUUUCUGCUGCAUGUGCAAGGCGUUAAGAGCAUGAAUAAUAACACUCCUAAGUUACAGAAGGCUUUUAACUGAUUGAGAACUUUGUGUGCAAUUACUGUUGCAAAUAACACUGUAUUUUGGAGGGGAAGGGUGCUGUUGGUAGAAGGAUUAAAAAAUUCAGGGAAUUAACUGUAUGAAGGGAUUCGCACCGGGAGUUCUUUCACCAGAGUCUGCUGUUUCAAAUGCAGCACUGGUUGGUGAUGUCUGUCCGUAUUCUGAUGUUCAAGUCCUGGUUCUGAAGCUGGGGAAGGGGUUUUGACACUCCAGUGAUAUGCUACUGUACUUUUUGUUCAAAGACUUAUAUUUAUGUUAAUAGUCAUGCACUGUUGAAAUGUAAGGCUAUAAUGGAAAUGCAUUUUUGUCCCUAUAUAAAUUUAUCUCUGUCUUGUGAAAAUAA